AUGGCGACCGUGGCAGCAACUGAGAACCAGUGGCUCAAAGGGAGAGUGAAGGCUGUUACCUCUGGAGACUGCUUGGUGAUCACGGCUUUGACCCACAACAGGCCUGGCCCACCACCGGAAAAGACCAUCACUCUUUCUUCUCUUAUGGCUCCUAAAAUGGCUCGCAGGGGAGGUAUAGAUGAGCCUUUUGCAUGGGAAAGCAGAGAAUUUCUGAGGAAGCUUUGCAUUGGGAAGGAGGUUGCUUUCAAAGUGGAUUACAAAGUGGAAGCUAUUGCUGGAAGAGAAUUUGGCUCGGUUUACCUUGGCAACGAAAAUCUUGCUAAGCUUGUUGUUCAAAAUGGGUGGGCUAAGGUCAGAGAGCCAGGUCAGCAGAAUCAGGAUAAGGUUAGUCCUUACAUUUCGGAGCUGUUACAGCUUGAAGAGCAGGCUAAGCAGGAAGGGUUUGGUCGUUGGAGCAAGGUUCCUGGUGCUGCUGAGGCAUCUAUCAGAAAUAUUCCUCCUUCUGCCGUUGGGGAUUCUGGGAAUUUUGAUGCCAUGGGUCUUUUAGCCGCAAGUAAAGGCAAGCCCAUGGAAGGUAUUGUUGAGCAAGUCCGCGAUGGCAGUACUAUCCGGGUUUAUCUUCUUCCUGAAUUUCAGUUUGUGCAAGUAUUUGUUGCUGGACUUCAGGCGCCAUCUAUGGGAAGGAGAUCUACACAAGAAACUGUUGUUGAGCCAGAUGUUACAUCCGCUCUGAAUGGAGAGGCUUCUGCUGAGCCGCGUGGUCCUCUAACAUCAGCCCAGAGACUCGCAGCCUCAGCCUCAGCAGCAUCGUCCGUCGAGGUUUCCUCCGAUCCGUUUGCAAUGGAAGCCAAGUAUUUUACUGAGCUUCGCGUUCUUAAUAGAGAUGUUCGCAUUGUUCUUGAAGGCGUUGACAAAUUCAACAAUCUGAUUGGGUCGGUAUACUAUUCUGAUGGGGAUACAGUAAAAGACUUGGGAUUGGAGCUGGUUGAAAAUGGUCUUGCUAAGUAUGUUGAGUGGAGUGCCAACAUGAUGGAGGAAGAAGCCAAAAAGAAGUUGAAAGCUGCAGAACUUCAGUGCAAGAAAAACAAGGUGAAAAUGUGGGCAAACUAUGUCCCUCCAGCUAGCAACUCUAAGGCAAUUCAUGACCAGAACUUUACCGGAAAGGUCGUGGAAGUUGUGAGUGGGGACUGCUUAGUAGUUGCUGAUGAUUCUAUUCCAUUCGGGAGCCCAAUGGCAGAGCGCCGAGUCUGUCUUUCGAGUAUUAGGUCUCCUAAAAUGGGUAACCCACGCAGAGAGGAGAAACCUGCUCCUUAUGCUCGGGAAGCCAGGGAGUUUUUGAGACAAAGGCUUAUUGGAAAACAGGUAGUCGUUCAAAUGGAAUACUCAAGGAAGAUCAGCCCAGCAGAUGGUGUUACUACUUCUGGAGCUAAUGAUUCUAGGGUCAUGGAUUUUGGUUCAGUCUUCAUUCCAUCUCCUACUAAGGGUGAUACAGCUGAAGCAGCUGCAGCAACUGCUGGAGUGAAUAUUGCUGAACUCAUUAUUGCCCGUGGCUUUGGGACUGUGGUUAGACAUCGCGACUUUGAAGAGAGGUCAAACCAUUACGACGCUCUUCUGGCUGCUGAAGCUCGUGCAAUUGCUGGGAAGAAGGGAAUCCAAUCUGCAAAGGAUUCUCCAGCCAUGCACAUCACAGACCUGACCGUGGCCUCGGCUAAGAAGGCUAAAGAUUUCCUGCCAUCCCUGCACAGAAGUAGGAGAAUAUCUGCUGUUGUGGAAUAUGUCCUGAGCGGACAUCGGUUCAAGCUAUACAUUCCAAAAGAAACAUGCAGUAUCGCCUUUGCAUUCUCUGGGGUCAGAUGUCCUGGCCGUGGCGAACCCUAUUCAGAAGAAGCUAUUGCUUUAAUGAGACGUAAGAUCAUGCAGAGAGAUGUCGAGAUCGAAGUUGAAACUGUGGAUAGAACUGGCACUUUCCUGGGAUCAAUGUGGGAGUCGAGGACCAACGCAGCAACGUAUCUUCUUGAAGCUGGCCUGGCAAAAAUGCAUGGCUUUGGUGCAGACAGGGUUCCAGAAGCUCAUCUUCUUGAAUUGGCUGAACGAUCUGCUAAAAAUCAGAAACUGAAGAUUUGGGAAAACUAUGUUGAAGGAGAGGAAGUCGUAAAUGGUGGCGCUACAGUAGAAACCAAGCAGAAGGAAACAUUAAAGGUUGUUGUUACAGAAGUGCUUGGAGGCGGUCGAUUUUAUGUUCAGACGGGUGGCGAUCAGAAAGUAACAUCGAUUCAAAACCAGCUUGCAUCUCUCAGUCUUAAAGACGCUCCCAUUGUUGGAUCGUUUAACCCUAAGAGAGGUGACAUUGUCCUUGCACAGUUUAGCCUCGAUAACUCCUGGAACCGUGCUAUGAUUGUUAAUGCACCCCGAGAAGCAGUUCAAUCUCCAGAUGAAAAAUUCGAAGUGUUCUACAUCGAUUACGGAAACCAAGAAACAGUUCCAUACAGCGCAAUUCGCCCUAUCGAGCCUUCAGUAUCCUCAGCACCAGGACUCGCGCAGCUGUGCAGACUUGCCUACAUAAAAGUUCCAAGCCUGGAAGAGGACUUUGGUCCUGAAGCCGGAGAGUAUUUACAUACCGUAACUCUGGGCAGUGGUAAAGAGUUCAGGGCAGUGGUAGAGGAAAGAGAUACUUCCGGAGGCAAAGUGAAAGGCCAGGGAACCGGAACCGAGCUCGCUGUAACUCUCAUUGCUGUUGACGAUGAGAUCUCUGUCAACGCAGCGAUGCUUGAGGAAGGAAUAGCGAGAUUGGAGAAACGCAAGAAAUGGGAACAUAAAGACAAGAAAGCCGCUCUUGAUGCUCUUGAGGAGUUUCAAGAAAAAGCUCGCAAAUCUAGGAUCAGAAUCUGGCAGUAUGGAGACAUCCAAUCUGAUGAUGAGGACAGUGUUCCGGUCAGGAAACCUGGUCGCGGUUAA